ACACCACGAACUGUGCUGUGUUGUCACCAGCUGUUGUCUGGAAGACGCAGAAAAAGUAGAUGUGUCUCGACUGAUUGUUCGCCCACGAGCACACCGUAGCACCACGUUUGGAGCUGAAAGAUGGUACCGGAUGACUGAUCGAUAGCCUCGCCGGGUCUCUCAGUGAUAGUAUUAAUUACAUAUCUGAAGGCAUCGAUAAGACAAAAACUGUGAUAACGGACUAAUACACGUCGGAGUUGAAGCCAUUUUUCUCUGCACAGACAGAUAGUCACGCCAGCUGGGUUCAAACUAAGAGCAUUUAGUGUCUGUACAGUAGGUACAGUGCCUUUCGAGUGGCACCACCGCCAUCAUGAAUGUGGGCACGGCGCACAGCGAGGUGAACCCCAACACCCGAGUGAUGAACAGCAGAGGAAUGUGGCUGUCUUACAUCCUGGGCAUCGGCCUCCUGCACGUCAUCCUGCUCAGCAUUCCCUUUGCCAGCGUACCCGUGGUCUGGACCCUCACCAACCUCAUUCACAAUCUGUGCAUGUACCUCCUACUUCACACGGUCAAAGGGACGCCUUUUGAGACCCCGGACCAGGGCAAGGCUCGCUUACUUACACACUGGGAGCAGAUGGACUACGGUGUGCAGUUCACUGCUUCACGCAAGUUCCUCACCAUCACACCUAUUGUCCUGAAAACAAAGUCACAUGGCCGCUACACAACCAGCAACAUCAUUCAAUAUGGAUGACAACCCCGCCAUAAAUGCCCCCCCCCCCCCGAUCAAGCCCUUAGCAACCGAGAGAGUGCGAGGCGAUGCCAUCUACUCAAUCGAGCAUUUGAAAUAUGCAUGCCCCAUGUUGUGAGGCUCCCACUGUGUGUGCUCUGUUUUUCUGUGGAUGCGACAAUAACAGAGAUGAGAUAAGACACGACAAGGCAUAGAUUAGUUUUUCCCUGGUGUGCAAUUGACACACUAUGACCAUGAGUGUUGUGUGUUUGUAGGUCUGAAGAAGGAAGUGUUACUGUACGGAAGCGGUUGACUAUAAAUAGAACCAAACAAGAAAUUAAUCAAUUAAUUAUGAGCUCUAGAUACCCCAUGGGGUCUUUCAACUGACUGAGAAAGCCAAGGGCAGGAGACAGUGUCCCCUUGAAGCUGCUCAACUGUCACUGAAAUGCACUGUGGGGCUGCACUGGUAGACUUUCUUAAGGUCAGUCUACAGUUUAAUGGCUGUCCUGCCAAAGACACUAAAAUCAUUUGUGCUAUAAAAAGCCUUGUACAUGUAAAAAAGUAGAAAUAAAUUUGGUAAGAGGCAGAACAGCGCCGGAUCUUGGGCAUGUCUAUUUUUUCUCAGCACUACCCCACAGAUAUAUAUGACACAAAUAACAUAUUUUGCUUUAUAUAGUCAAACAAAAUAAUAAUAAAAACUAAUUUUAUGUAAAUUGCUGUAAAUCACAUUUAGUUUAAUUGAAAGGGACCUGGACUGAGUCACACCAUGUGUUAGACAAUUAAUACAUUUGUGUAAUAAUCAGCCAGUGAUUUACUAAAUCAGGCUGAAAUAAUAGGACUUUGGAAAUGUCUUAGCAGGUAAAGACUAUUUGUAGAGCCAUUCAACUAUGCCUGUUUAAACCAGUAAGCUUUCCUUCCCACUGUAUAUGUGUAGCAUAUUACACACACUAUAUAACUGCCUUCUGGGCCUUCAGGGACUGUGGAUGCCCUUUGUUGGAUCAAGAUGAUCACACCACUGUAAUAGACAAAAUCAUGUAGUUUUCUUUGUAACUUUAAAUAAUCAUAACUAAAUUGUCAACAAAGUUUGAUAUUGAAAAAAACAUCCAUUAGAGUUUAACAGUCAAAAACUCAUCAGGACUGUUUGGGUGUGUUGUUAGAUUUAAUAAAAAGGCAAACAACCACACUUACUAUCAUAAGAUUAAAUGUUGCAGAAGGCUGAUUGGUUCACUCACAUAUGUGACCCAAGGAUAUUACCACCCCUGAAAAGGUCCAGAAAUGGAGAAAUAUCUUAUAUAAAAUAACCAAAACUAUUUAAACUUUGGCAUAAAACUGUGAGACCAUGUAUUGUUAACCAUUGCUCAUAAAAAGAUGCUGCAACAUCUGUUGUCUCCAUAGUCAUCUCUAGUUGCCUCCAAAUGAUGUUUGUGUUACCUGACAGAAAACAGCAAGAUCAUAAAUGGACAUAUAUCUGAUUGUUGGAUUGUGUUCAUUGUCUGUGGUAAAUUGAUGCUGGUUUGCAAGGCAGUUCUGAAUUACUGGAGUACUACCCCUUUAUGAAAAUAGAACAAACUAUUGAAAAUGUGUAAAGAUGCGAUAACAGUGUUGGAUGCAGAGCUUUGAAGAGUCUCACAGAGCCCAAGCUGUUUGUUGGAGAGUGAAAGCCACUUUAGUGCUUUUACAGAUGAGACAGUCUGCAGUGACACCGUCAAAUGAUGAAUAGCUUUUAAGAAUGAGCUGUCUGCCCAUGGUGGAGCUAUAAGCCAACUCAUAACGACUUACCCAGAUCUAUGAUAGUGACUAUGAAUAUUCAUAAACUGUUCUUGUUUUACAUGAUUUACAUACUCAUUCCACCCAAUAAUAAGAUUUAUGAAUGCUCUGUGACAUCCAGAGUUUAAAACCAGCGGCGUAAAAUUUGCCGGUCACCAUGGUAGUGCCGCAUAAAUUGAGAAAACGUUCCAGAAAUGCAGUCAUAAAUAAAACACAUCACGACUUAAGAGACAGGCCUAAUUAGCUUUCACUUCGCUGCAAUUUAGCACUGCACUGCUGGGUAUUAAGCCAUGACUACAUCUGAAUUCACUCUUAAUUAAUUACCUAGGGCUUACUGAGCAUUUUGCGCUGGCUUUGUGUUAUUUUUUGUUUUAUUUUCCCUCUGCAAGGACAGGGAGUUCUUUUGUUUUCCACCAGACUUGUCUGUGGGUGUGUGGGUGGUGUUAGCGUCUGUGGUGUUUUAUUAUCUCACUUUGUACGAGUGCAGGUGGGAAAGGAAGGGAGGAGAAGAUGGUGAUAAAAAGAGAGGGAAAGGGCGUGUGUGAAUCAGUGCUGUAGACGCUUAAAUCGAGUCUGAUCAGGUUUGAAAUCAAGUCAAGUAAGAGUCCAGAUAGGAGUCAAAUCAAGACCAACUUAAACAGUGCCAAACAGCACUGUUCGCCGAGUAAACUGAAAUAUAACUUCAAUCCUUGAGUACAUCAAUUUGGAUUUUGAAAUGUUUGCAAACAAAAGAGUCUUGCACAACAUUCGAUCCAACAUUUUUGCAUAAAACUACAUACCUAAAAUGGGAAUGCUUGGUUGUUCCAUUGCAAAGAAACACUAUAGUAUGGUGUGCACCAUUAAAUAAUAUAUAUAUAUACACAAUAUAAGAAUAUUGUGUCUCCAUGGGGAGAGUGACCGAGACAAGUCUGAGGCAGGGCUGUAGCUACCAUUGAGGAAACCAAGGUAAAGUCCUCAUUAGCGUGCCUGGGAAUUUGGGGGUUUAAUUAUCUAAAGGAAAAUUUACAUUCUACAAUUGACAGUUUGCUUUAAAAAAACACCCCUCCAAACAGUGAUUGUCCAAUUAUAGCUAGGCAAAAGUGUAAGGAAUGGAUUAAACAGUGUGUUUAUCUGUUCUAAUGUAAGCUGCAAUCGUUUAACUACUGUGCUACCCACAAGGCUAAGAAGCAUCUUUAACUAUAGUUAGUUUAUGGAGUUACAGGUUAAGGUUAUAACGACUAGCACAUCCUGUAGCUGAAGGUGAAGUUCACACGUUAUCUGUAGACAGUGUUGCAUUUGUCAAACACACAGGUUAAGUGAUCGAAAUGGAAAAUACAAUAAGUAGGCUUUGUCUGCUAAACAGCUAAUCAGUCUGAUCUUUUCUGUGUCAUACUUAUAACACUCACAAUGUUCUGGCUCCACACUGCAAGUCAAGACAAUGCUGUUUCUUUAUUUACAUGCGUGGGAUUGGCCACUUUAAUCUAAGUCUGUAACCAUCAAGUGCAUCAAGAGCUCUUUUACAUGGUUCUCAGUUUAAAGAGACAUUGAAAAGUCAGCAGUAGACUAUCGACAGCUGAUGAAAUCAAAUCAAAGGACAGUUGUUAUUUUAGCAUAUAGAAAUGAGAGGUCUGGUUUUUCCUAUUUCUGACUUUUGUGUGAAAAAUCAGCCUCCAUAGUAAACUGCAUAUGAGUCAUGCUAGAGUGGAAAGCUUGACACACGUCAACAGUAACUAAAGGCAGUGGGGAUUAGUGAACGGUCAGCUCCGCAAACUUAAACGUGGUUUCUGAAUUUUUUAGACUAAAUAUCUUCAAAUUGCAUUGCUUUUAGACAAAAAGACAUUUAGCAUUUCCCCUGGCAGAAUAAUAUCCUGGCAGUGCGGUGAAUGCUUUAGAACAACAUUGAACAGUUUAAUGAAUUAUUAAAAAUGGAAACAAAAAGUUAGCAGCACUGACUGGAAUAUUUUGGACAUCGGUACUUCUUACUGCAGCCCUGGAAUGUGUGCAUCAUUUAAACUCCUGAGUGUUCCUCUUGCCAUCACCAUGCACUCUCAUCACAAGUGCCUUCUGAAGGAUGUGGUAAUUUCAUCAGCUGUGCCACAAUUACAUUACUCACCAGCCACUUGGAGCCCAUUCAAAGAUGAAAUCCUCUCACAUAACUGAGGUGUUACUAAAACACAGACACACGUCUCUCUGACUGACAUGCUUGUCUCCACCUGACCUUAGUUUCUUUUCAAUCUCCUUAAGUGGUCCAGGUCGAGCUCCUGGGGGAACAAAACAUAUCAUCAAUCACCCCCAGUAUGGUUGGAGUCAACCCAUUGCCAAUGCAAGUCUUGUUAUAGAAUUAAAGUCUUAUUGAUCAAAUUGAUUCCAUCAGAUUGGAUCACAGCAUUUUUCUCUUUACUCCACUUUACUCUAAGCUAAUGUUAGUCAACCAUGUCACCAUGCUUAUGCACCUCCACAAAUACAGAAUGGAUUUCUGAUUAGUGCAAAGUUAAACAAGGAGCUUUAAACUCAGUCACUGACUCAGUCCACUGAGUAAUUAAUGAUUAGCAUUUAUAUGUUAAAGAAUUGUGUGUGUCUGCCUUUGAUCACCACACUGCACUUGAUUGCAUUGUUUCUUUACUGCAGCUCUGCCCACAGAAUUUCCCUAUAUCUUAUCACUGCACUGAAUUUCAGUGUGUGAUCUAAUUUGUGGGAUAUAUUCUCUAAAGAAUAGGCUGUGUCUUGAAUGAAAAUCAUUUAACUUAAAGUAUUCUUAUUAAUGUGUUAAAAAUUGGUCCAACUACGUAUGCGAAGUUAAUCUCCUUUUUGCAUUCGGUGACAAAAUUCAUAGCUUCACUGGUAAAGGAAUCCUCUCCUAUGGCUGAUUGUGUUGAAUAUUAAUAAUUUAAUCUAUAUGAUUAUAUGAAACCACUCAAGCUUUCUAUCCAAUUCAUCAAAUCCAAUGCUUCUUUGCCCUGUGUUAUUACCAAGUCUCACUGACGGCUACUCCCUGAGGCCAUGUUAGUUCUAGAAAAUGAUUAGAUGAGAUGGUUCUGCUUUGAACUUUGGACAGUUGUUGCAUUCCGAAAGUUUUAAAGAGGGUCCAGAAGGGUUGGUGAGCUUUUAAAUUAAAUAUUAAUUUGUUUCUUGUUUUAGCAAGAUCAUGAGAACACACGUGAUCUGUCAUCCUCUGAGUCAAAAACCAUACAACCAGGUUCAGUCCAGUAGUGAUGGGAAUUACGGCUGUUCGAAUCUCAUGGCUCCAUUCCUUUCUGGCUCUUCAUGUACUUCCACUUCUGCUGGAGUUAGUAUAAGUUAAUAGUUAGUGUAAUAAUAAGUUACAUUCUUAUUUGUUGCAAGAAACAAUUGAGCAAGAUUCUUCGUCUGCAUUAAAAUGAAAUAUUCUGUCA